UCUCUCUUUCUCUCUCUCAGUUGAGGCUCAGUCACGGUGAACAGAUCAUUCGGCGGCAUCCGAAUCCUGAAGAAGGUUGAGGAGAAACCGAACUCGACAUACUACUUGUCUUAUAACCGAAUGAAACAUUUUAUACACUAAUAUUAUUCGUUAAUAAUCCUUCGUGGUUAUCGUGAUUUAGUCUGAAACUAAAAUCGGUGUUAUUACUUGCAUUUUUUAUGUAGAUUCAAAUCAUAUCAAACCUUACACAUUCACUGAAUCGUUUAAAUACUCUCCAUCAACACUAACCAACCGUAAUUUAAAAACAGCAAUGGCGAAGUUAAUUGUAAUCGCGUUCCAUCUGCUAAUGGCGCUUCACUACGGCUAUUCCAUCAAGUUCUAUCUACUUGACCUUAAGCCGCCAGAGUUCAUGAAAAAAGUCAAUAACAUCUUCGGUGGACCUUUCAAGUUCCUGACGUUUUGGGAUAUGCUGGUGCAGUUCUUCUACUUCGUCAUCGCCUUCUCCAACGACCUCUUCGGCAGCAGCGCCCUGGAUCGCAAGAAGCAGUCUCUCCUGCAGAAGUUCCGGGAUUUCUCGUUCUCCACCGUCGUGUUCUUCUUGGGGAGUAUGGUGAGCAUCGUCUUCUGGUUGCUUUUCAACCUAAACCGCGACCUGAUCUUCCCCGAGAUCUUUGACGCGUGGUUCCCGUCCUGGUUGAACCACGCCAUCCACACCAUGCCUGUGAUUGGCGUCGUGGUGGAGUUGGUUCUUGUGCCGCACUCGUUUCCCUCCAGAAAAGUUGGCUUCGCGAUGGUGGCUGGAGUUUGUUUCCUCUACCUUGUUUGGGUCAGCUACAUCGCAUACCUUACGGGCUUCUGGGUAUAUCCUAUCCUUGAAACGUUACCGAUGGCCGGUCGCGCCCUUUUCAUAGGCGCCUGUAGUCUCCUGUGCAGUUUUAUGUACGUUGUAGGAGAAUGGUUAAACAACAAGUACUGGGGUGCUCCCAUCAAGAAGAAAGCGAAAUAAUCACCAAAUACGAAUAUUAUUACUUCAAGAAAGCGCACUCAGGGAACACGUAUCCGCUCUCCGUUUGUCUUUUGUUUGUAAACGUUUGGCGAUCGUCUCUUUUUUUUAAACGAUUGAUGGUAUUCUAUUAAUGUAGGAUGUUGCAGUGUAUUUUAAUUUAUUUUUUAUUGUCUAAAGUUUAUUUUUUUCCUUUUCCUGAAAACAAGAAUUAGUAUAUAUAUAUAUACUUUUUUAAAUUUUUUUAUUUGCAUGAACCACUUUAAAGAUCGGUCAUGCACUAACCCCUCCCCCCUUUCAAAGAGGCUCAGUGGCAUUAAUAAAUGUUUUUUUUACAGGAUGUGUAUGUGAGUUUUCUUUUCAUUUCUAUUAUAUAAAUGCAUUUUUAUUUUCCUGUUCACCCCCCCUCCUAAAUUUUACAAUAUGUUAACUUUCCUUUGUAAUUACAGAUAUCAUAAUUAACAUAAGGCAGCCGAAUCAGUCCUAUUUUCGGGAUAUUGCAUAUGCUGAUGAUUGCAAAUUUAUAAUAUUCAUUACGUGUUAUAGAUGAUUGAUAUGACAGAGGAGUACCUGUUGUUCUUGUAUCAAGAUUUGAUUAAAGCUUUGUAAGAAAAAAUAAAGCAUUUUUCAUUUGAA